AGCCAAGGUGUAAAGAUUGGGUCGGUCUUGAUCACAAUGAAGACCGACUCAACGACACUAAGACUAAGGUCUUCGUUCUUGGUCUUCUUUUAGCUCUUGUUCUUGUCUUCCUUCUUCGCCUUGUAUAUUCAAGAAUAAGAAAAAAUAAGUUGAACGGAACGGGGCCUUAUUUCAUCAAUCUUUCUUUAAAAACGCUUCAAUCAUGGCCGGAGGAAAGUCAAAGAGCAAAGCGUCCAAGAAGAAAGGUCCGGCCGAAGCCAUGAGCUCUGCGCCUCAACCCUUUCCGUACCUGGACGGAUCCUUCCUCGAGUUUGGCUUGGAGGAAGAACUCACUCACUUCAUCACCCACUUCGCGAAAUGCCCUAUCUCUCCGCCAAGGGUGGUGCCCGACCUCAACAGCCAACUUCACGCAUCAGGUAUGUGGCCCUUCGUCUCCAAGAGCCGCACCUCCUUCAAUCCCGCCUAUGUCUGGGCCUUCUACUCAAAUCUCCGCUGGGACGGGGACACCAUUCGCAGCAGCAUCAAUCUCUACGACAUAGAGAUUCAUUUGGCUACCUUUGCUCGGGUCGCUGGGCUGCCCAUCCACGGUGAUGACAUCGCGACAUAUGGUGGCGACGAUUGGAUCCUCAACAACGAGGCCGUCGUCAUCCGUGAGCUCGGGAUCACUAACUUGAUCCGUCACAGCGGCGCACCGACGAUUCACUCGGCUCCAGAGGAGAAGCGCCUCCUCCUCUACAUCCUCACCCGGAUCUUCCGCCCCCGGGAUGGCAGCCACACCUCGCUCUUCAAUGACGACUUGAAGGCGAUUCAUGCGAUCAUGCAUGGCGUCUCCAUCAAUUGGGCAAAAUACGUCAUGAUUCACAUGACGGAUUGCGCUUCCAUUCUCCACGAGCGGAGCUUUCCAUACGCCUUCCUCGUCAUGGACCUCAUCGUCUCCGCCGACAUCCACAUUGUCGGGCCAAGCACAAAGAUGACAAAGUUUUGGAUCAUUGCCGAAAACACCUUCAAGAAGAAGUCCGGAACCCGAGACGGCGCCGGACUGAGUCGUGCCCCUGCCCCGGCCCCCGCUCGAGCCUCGUUGCAGUCUAUAGCCGACACCCUGAACCGGCUAACCCUCACAGUGGAUGGCAUGGGGCAGUACAUGGAGAGGAUGGACUGGACGCUGCAACGCCAACACCACGACAUGAAGGCGUUCUUCCGCGGCAUCAACUACGUCCCGCCGCCUUUUGACAGCACCAUCCUUGGCCAAAACUAUGACUUGAACUCUUAACUUCCAGCCGAUUAUUGAGGAAUUAUGAGCGAUCUCGUAAUCCGAUUCUAAAAUUGGAGUCCCGAUUAUAGUUAAUUAAGGCCUUGAGAGAGUUGCUGGAAUUUUGGGGUCAAAGAAAGAAGAUGAAGGGCAGUGGCAGCCCUAGGAAGAUGAAGGGCAAAGAAGGAAGAUGAAUGGCAACCUUGAACAACUCUUGCUAGAAGGAAGAUGAAGGACAACCUUGAAUAACUAAUCCUUGAGGCUUUGGGUUCUUCAAACUAGUGGUUCCAUGCUUUAUUGUCAUGCUACGACUUGUGACAUAAGCAAUCACAGUUCCUAGUUCUAAUCGCACCGCACUAGCUACUAAUUGACUGGUAGUGAUAGGCCGCACGAAGAAGGCUUUGAGGGUGUCACAAUUGAAGAUGGAGCUGCAUAAUAGGCCUCAUUGUCCAAGCUUAUCUUGCACGACAAUGUUUUUUGUUGGGAUAGUGAGGAAAAGAGGAGAAAAGUGAAAGGAAAAAAUAUACUUUGUAGUAUUUU